ACAGACCAGUAUUUCACAAAAUAUCAACGUUUGCAUCUCCGUAAAUUGUACGGCUGGAAACUGACUCAGCAUCUACGCACGAAUAUUUCAUGGUAGCUUGAUCUGUAGUACGGAUUUAGUCAUAUUCUCCAAGCGAGGUGCGCUAGUUAACCAGCGCGGAUGGGAGAGGAAGAAGGUGACGCUGAAUUAUCGAACGCUUACUUAGUUAUCGGCUGGGGAGGCUUAAAUCGAGACAACAACAUCAAGCCCUAGCUAGCGAGGGGCGAAGAUAUUACAUCUCAUAAAUACGUGAACAUGUUGAUGCAUCCACUUUGAACAUAAAGGCAGAUAUCCAACUAAACCAAACAGGACUACUGCAGUACCUCGUCAUUGUUGACACUGCCUCCACCAUUGCCCCUUCUGCCGUGGCACUGGAACAUGAAGAAUGUCUGCUGUAUUACCAAAGACUGACCAGAAGGAAGCAAUGAGGGGCUUUGGGGGAAGUUGCCAAGCUGCAUUGUGGAUCCAGUAGCUGGGAUUCAGAGUGCUUGUUGUGUAUGAGUGUGUGUUUGUGUGUGCGUGGGUGCUUGCUAGCACAACCUGCCCCUUUCAGGCACGGACAUGCUACUCUGAUAUUGGAGUUGGAGAAGAAAGGAGUCGACCUCCAUAAACGAGGAGAAGAAGGAAGAGAAGAGCGCAUGCAGUACAACAUUGCCAGAUAUAAAAACUGUGUGUUUUGGCUGCAGUUUAACUCAGUGGACGUGGCUUUUAAUACACUGCACAUUUCUAUACAACACCUUUCCUCUGUCUUUGUAUCGCCUCCCUCCCCCCUAAGAGUCCUUGUUGUUUUGGCGCCUCUGUGAUUUGCAUGGCCGGGGAGUAAUCGUGGAGAGGCCAGGGUAUCACAAGCUUAUGGAUUUUGACAAGAAGGUGGGUAAGGGAGAGACGGAGGAAGGGAAAAAUAUGUCUAAGGCAGCUGGCAGCAGGACUGUCCGGGGUACAGGGACCAACUCUGGGGUUCUUAUGGUUGGCCCAAACUUCCGUGUCGGGAAAAAAAUCGGCUGUGGCAAUUUUGGAGAACUGCGGCUGGGGAAAAACCUCUACACCAACGAAUAUGUGGCCAUCAAAUUGGAACCAAUAAAGUCCCGUGCGCCACAGCUUCAUUUGGAAUAUAGAUUUUAUAAACAGUUGGGAAGUUCAGAGGGUAUUCCUCAGGUGUACUACUUUGGGCCAUGUGGGAAGUACAAUGCCAUGGUGCUGGAGCUGCUGGGGCCCAGCCUGGAAGACCUGUUUGAUCUCUGUGACCGCACCUUCUCCCUCAAGACCGUCCUCAUGAUAGCCAUACAGCUGAUAACGCGGAUGGAAUUUGUCCACACAAAAAGCUUGAUAUACAGAGAUGUCAAGCCAGAGAACUUUUUGGUGGGGCGGCCGGGCAGCAAGAGGCAGCACACAAUCCACAUUAUCGACUUCGGGCUGGCCAAAGAAUACAUCGACCCUGAGACCAAAAAACACAUCCCGUACCGGGAGCACAAGAGCCUUACGGGAACGGCGCGCUACAUGAGCAUCAACACACACCUGGGGAAAGAGCAAAGCAGGCGGGAUGACCUGGAGGCUCUGGGUCACAUGUUCAUGUACUUCCUGCGAGGCAGUCUUCCCUGGCAAGGCCUGAAGGCGGACACGUUGAAGGAGAGGUAUCAGAAGAUUGGAGAUACCAAGCGAGCUACUCCAAUUGAAGUGCUUUGUGAAAGCUUCCCGGAGAUGGCCACAUAUCUGCGUUACGUGAGGAGGCUGGACUUCUUUGAGAAACCUGAUUAUGACUACUUACGGAAACUCUUCACGGAGCUGUUUGACAGGAACGGCUACGUCUUUGAUUAUGAAUACGACUGGGUCGGCAAGCCACUUCCUACACCGGUAGGCCCCAUCCCCAGUGACACGCCCGCUCAGCCCAGCAGAGACAAAGCACAGCAGCAGACCAAAAACCAGUUGCCUGAGGCCAAAGGAGAUGAGGCUCAGCGUCAGCUGUCUCCAAUGACCAAUACGGAGACACUGGGGUCACAUCUUGUGGCCGAAAGGCUGGGGGGCUCUGUCCAGGUGAUGAGCUCGACGAAUGGAGAGCUGAACACUGACGACCCGACGGCGGGACACUCCAACGCUCCCAUCACUGCUCCCACUGAGGUGGAGGUGGCUGAUGAUACAAAGUGCUGCUGUUUCUUCAAAAUGAGAAAGAGGAAAACUCUCCAGCGGCACAAGUGAAGAGAAGAGACGACCUCGGAGGGAACUUGAAACAUUCUGCUCACUUUCAAGUUUUAAAUGGAAGCAACCACAUCGAUCACCCAUCCUAUCUCCCUUUCCCAAUCUCUCUCUCCCUUUCCCAAUCUCUCUCUCUUUCACUCUCUCGCUCUCGCUCUCCUCCAUCUCGCUCUUCUCCAUCUCGCUCUUCUCCAUCUUUCUCAGCGCUCUUCUGCUACAGGCGUGUAAAGCAAUGCUGUUGUCCUACAGACUUUGUGGGCUUCACAACAGACACUGGCUUCCAAAAGAAAGAAACCGUUAAAGUACCUGCAUAAUAAAGAGAGAACGUUUAAAAGCUGUAACAAAGAAACGUGAAUAUCGUGGCGUGAAUAGAACGAAUGGAUACUGUUUGAAACAGUUGUUGUGUUCUAGAUUCCAUACAUAGCAUUUACUGUUCAACAGCCACUGAUCUGAGGGAAAUGUCAAUGAGUCGAGGGGAAAAAGAAGUCUGUUCCAUAGAAAUAGUCCUUUUAUUUGUGGGAUCAAGGUAAGAAGCAAGACUGAACUAUACUAAUGAUAACUCUGGAAUCACUGAGCGCAACAGGAAACACUUCAUCUAAAUCCGAAUUGGAGGAUGUUUAUGCUGUUGAGUUUUUUUAUUUAAUCCUCCGUUGUUUUCAAAGUCAACUCCCUGGGUUGAAAACUAAUGUUUGUUUUAGUGUACUGGAAUUCAUUUGGUAUUCUUUUUUCUUCUCUGUCUUUCAUGUCUGUCAAUGUGGACUUUGUAGCACAGUCACUGGCCUCAGGUACUGUGGAAGAUGGAGAGAAACUGAUAUUAAGCUCUCUUCUUCUUGUUGCACUUUUGGAAACAAAAAGAAAGUACAAUGGAAUUCUAGGUUUGAAAUGAACAAACAGGAAAACAACUGAAGACUUAUCUAGGAAGAGUCCUAUACAAGGCUAACACUGACUGUACAAACCAUUAAGAACACCUCCCCAAUAUUGAGUUGCGCCUCCCCUCCUUUUGCCAUCAGAACAGCCUCAAUUCAUCGGGGCAUGGACUCUACAAGGUGUUGAAAGCGUUGCACAGGGAUACUGGCCCAUGUUGACGCCAAUGCUUCCCACAGUUGUGUCAAGUUGGCUGGAUGUCCUUUGGGUGGUGGACCAUUCUUGAUACAUACGGGAAACUGUUGAGCGUGAAAAACCCAGCAGCGUUGCUGUUUUUGACACCAACUGGUGCGCCUGCCACCUACAAUACCCUGUUCAAAGGCAUUUCAAUAUUUUGUCUUACCUAUUCAGCCUGGCACAGACACACACACACACACACACACACACACACACACACACACACACACACACACACACACACACACACACAC